AUGGCUGCCUGCGACGAUAUAGAUGCAGGCGCUGCUCCUCCAAUUCUCGCAUCUACUCUGCUCCAGUCUUAUCUGGACGAUGACGAAAAUGGAGCCCAAGUGACCCAGGUUGAUAGUGACUGGAAUUUGCAGCCAGACAUAGACAAGGGAAUUCCAUUCACCAAGGCAGGGAGCUCGGUGUUUGCUCCUGGUCGAGUGAUUGGGAUAUCUGGCCUACAGCCUACAGUUCCGCCGCAGCGAGACUGGAGAGAUGGAGACGCCGCAGCCGUGCGAAACUGGGUGUUCGAGCUUUCUGCGCACAUUCUCAUAACCCUAUUGACGCGGCCACAUCUGGCCGCUUUAUCUCUUGAUCCUGGAGCACAAUCGGGGACAUUUCCGCAGGCUGUCGUUAUCCAAUUCUACAGCUCACGCGCAUUCACAUCAGAAUAUCUACUGCGAUCUAUCCAGCAAAGGCUUCCGGAGCUCACGACGAACUUGACCCAAAAUAUACUCAACACCGUCAAGAUAAUCCGCGCAUUCAAUUUUGACGAAAUCCUCGAAGCCGUGUCUCAGGUCUCAGACAUCUUAUACGAAGCAAAGCACCAACAAACCACGCUUCUCCUCUUAGAAGGCUUGGAUCAAUCGCUUGCAGAGAUCCAGCGCAACUCCAGCAUCCUCGCCGCACAGGCGAAACUCAUCCCACUCCUCCGCACGUUAACCAUUCUUUCUCGAAACCACGCAUCUUUUCUUACCGUGAUUGUGGUGAACCCAGUCCUUCUCCCAACAGCGCCAUUUCCACCUUCAGCUCCAGAUAUCCAAGCGAAGCAAUACCCUGGAGCACCAUCAUCAUUCGAGUCACCAUCAAGCAGUUCACUCGAUUUUCUCACCGACGUCGCAACCGCAAUUACAAACACAAGGUCAAAGCCAAACGUACUCCUCUCCAUCCACCCAACAACUUUCCCAGCAGACAGUAUCAUACUCCUCCUUAGCUCGUUCCUUCGAUCAAGGCUUCGAUACGCAUCUACUAGUCUCGAAAAUGGAAUCUAA